AUGCCGCGAGAGAGAUCGGAUGAAGCUGAGGCUUGGUAUGCCGCUGUCUAUCAAGCUGUCCAGGAGGUGCCCUACGGACACGUGACUUCUUAUGGUCACAUCGCUACGCUGCUCGGCUAUCCCGAGCGACCCAGACAAGUCGGGAUGUGCCUGAAGUAUCUGCCACGAGCGACCGAUCAAUGCGAUGCUCGCUACAACAGCGAUACAGUGCCAUGGCAGCGGGUGAUCAACUCCAAAGGAAUCAUCAGUCCGAGGCAAGUCUGCCCAGGGACGAACGGAGCUGCCAGACAAGAAGCUCAACUUAAUCUCGAAGGCGUCGAAGUUGGUCGAGGGCCUCUGGGCGAGAGGACGGUCGACUUCUCCACCUAUGGCUGGUUUCCGAACACGCUGCCAAGCGAGGAGAGCUCAGGGUGGAGGGUGUAG